AUGAAACACAGAGCUCCUUUGCUCUUCCUGCUGGGAAUGGGCACCACGCUGGUGGAAGUCGAGCGAAAGUUCCUGGCGCCCUCGGGUUUGGCUGAGAAGGUUGCCGGGCUCGGUGGGAGGUGCUUAGGCGUCAAAGAAUUUACCGAUCGCUACUGGGACGACGGCCGCUGGCGGCUCUGUUCCCAGGACUUGUGGCUUCGACAGCGAGAUGGAGCUUGGGAGUUGAAAGUGCCGGCGACGAAGACUCGGCGGCGCUCUGGUGGCGAAACCAGCGAGUUCCUGGAGCUGACAGACGUCACAGCCAUCCAGGACACCUUGCGGGAGAUGGGGCUCCUGGAGGAGGGAUGUUCGUUGGAGUCCGCACUGCGUCCCUUCGCCACAAUCGGCACCAAGCGUCAAAGCUUCGAGCUGGGUGCCGUGCGGGUGGAUGCCGAUGAGGCAGAUUUCGGCCAUAGCGUCAUGGAGAUCGAGGUCAUGGCGCAGAGAGAUGGAGUGGAGAAGGCGAGGGAGGAGAUCGAGGAUGCUGCCAAGAAGCUGGGUGCUGAGCCCCUCCCCGAGAAGACCGGAGGGAAGGUGGAAACCUACAUCCGUCGCUUCUGCCCUGAGCUGUUAGAGCGUCUCGUGGAAGUGGGAGUGUUGGACUGA